UUACGUUAUGACGUCAUUUCCCUUCUUCGAUUUGACGGUUAAACUUGAGAGGUGUAGUGAAGCUAAGUAUUAAAGCAUUGCAGGGACAGCGGUUUAUAAAAACAUAACGUCCAAGGGUGUUUGUUUUCCGUGUGAGCAGCAGCGGUGACCGGGGUUCAUUUACUGAGGAUUUUAAACAGCAGACAGCUGGUGGGGUUUGCUCCGAGUGUAGCUUUAAGCUAGCAGGCUAACACGAGGCCGGGGUAAAGGUUUGGGAAUUUGUUUAUCCAGCUUUUAUCUGAUCAUAAAAAGGGACCCAGUGGCGGAGCUCCCUGUGGUUUGUACUUGAGCGCUUGCCGUCGUCUCAUGCCCACUGUGGGGUACAUUUAGCCGGUGAAGCGAAGAGAGCCAACCAGCCACCCAGCAGUCCCGUUUAAACAUGGAGGAUGAAGAGGUUGCAGAAAGCUGGGAAGAGGCGGCGGACAGCGGGGAAAUUGAGAGAAGACUUGAGGCAAAGCUGAAAAUAAAUCAGGAAGCAAAAAAGUCCAAUUUGAAAUCAGCCAGUUCACCUAUACGAACUGCUGUCGUAGUCCAAGAUGACUCUCUCCCAGCAGCACCACCACCUCAAAUCCGAAUUUUAAAGCGCCCUACAAAUAACGGCAACACAGGAAACCCCGCUGCCUCGUCUCGUCCCGCUCAGCAGAUGAAGUCUCUGGCCCAGAGAGAGGCAGAGUAUGCAGAAGCCCGAAGGAGGAUUUUGGGUAGUGCUUCUUCAGAAGAGACGCCUCAGGACAAUCAGUGCCAGGACAGGCCAGCUUGUAUGAGUGUGCAGCAACCACUGGAACCAGUUCGUUCAAACAAUCACGUGAUCCGUCAACCCAACGGCCCGGAUGGCACCUCAGGCUUCCGACUGUGCAGAUAGGCAGGAGCUGCCUGAUUCAAGACACGGAUGUCUUCCCGAGAGGGCACAGAGGGUGCAGUGAGGAGUGUUGUGUGUGGUAUGAAGAGCAGAGCGGUGGGACGAAAUAAAAUUUGACAGACGUUAGACAUUUGAAGAUGUAGCAUGGAUUUAGAUGAACUUCUCCACCCUCUCUCUUCUCUGCUUACUGGUGUGGUCUUUGCCUUUUGCCUUGUCUUUUCCCUCUGUGGAAGCUUACAAGGGGCUGGCAGAGAUCAGCCAAAGAUCCGAAAUCCUUUGUGUUCCACACUGUGAGCAGGCUUUCGCCUCACAUUCCUACACACUGUGUUACUUUGACGUACCAUGAGGUGCCCUAUGAUUUUAGGUCUGAUUGGCCGGCCGAGUGCCAGGACAUCAGGUGUCUGUCUCUUCAGGGAGAAUACGGAGAGCUUGCAGAUUUGUGGGACCUCCCCAGAAAAGGCAAGCACACGAGGUGGCCUUUCCACUGAUGAAGCGUGGGUCAUGGCUGGGUAUCCACCGGGGUACUGGCCUUAAUUUGUCGGGUUCAGUUGGAAUGAAAUGCUUGACGGUGCCAUAAAUUUAUUGCGUGUUCAGCAGCUUGAGUGAGCAGCAAUAAAAAAAUAAAAAUAAAAAAAUAAAAAUUGUACUGAUGGAGCCUUUUGGUGCCUAGCAGUGUGCUUUUAAUACUGUAGUCGAUGGCAGUGGCUCAGGCCACAAGUGUCCACAAUCCUCUGUAAGGCACAAGUGGCCCUUAAAGAAAUGCCCGGUGGGCACACAGCCUGUGGCCAAAAAGAAUAGAGCUGAAGGACAGUAUCACUAAAUCUAAGCUUAUCUAAGCAAUAAUAAUGAAAUUACUCCCUUUUUUUCUUUCUCUUUUAAAAUGUUGCCCUUUUUCUGUGCCGUUUCUUUUUGUUCACAUAUGGUUUUAAACACUUCAUAUUGUUCAUGUGUUUCAUUUCUGACACAUAGUACGUAUAAGUCAGGUGAUCUGUAGUGUGUAAGAGCCUAGAAGAUGUAGUCUGCAUAGUCGUGUCAUAUU